AUGGUCAAACCACCAAACCCCCAAUCCAUCCAGACGCGGAUCUCCCAUCUCAUCAACCACUGGCCCUCCGACCCCGUCCGCCCAUCCUCCGUCUCCGUGCAAACCUACCUUCGCUCCCGCCUCCCUCCCCAGUCCCAGUCCCAGUCCCCGAAUCAAUCACCGCAAUCGCAAGUACAGUCCUCCGCGCCUCAGGGUGGCGAAAUCUCAGAGUCCUCCCUCAACGCUCUGUCUUCAUUACUCGAGAACCGCUACGCCCGGCGGUAUCCGCUGUCGCCGAAGUUGCGGAGGCCUGCGAGUAACCCGGACCAUUACGAUAAUGUGAUCAAGGAGUUUGCGGAGGCGCCGUCGCGCGAUUGGCUGGGGCGAUUGGGGAAGAAGAUGAGGGGGCUUUUCAGGUUGAAGUGA